AUGGCGGAUCCAGUUCUUCAGUCUCCGACAAACCCACAUUUCUUUCAGCCUCUUCUUCCCGGCUUCCACUCCCACCUCAACAUUCCUGUAGCCUUCUUCACAGAUCACCUCCAAGGAAGAAACAAAAACAAGACUGCGAAACUGAGAUCAGACGCUUCAGAUACGACUUGGGAAGUGGAAAUCGAAGACGGCCGGAGUCUCACCGGAGGCUGGAAAGAAUUCGUCACAGCUCAUGAUCUUCGUGUUGGCGAUGUCCUUGUUUUCAGACACGAAGGAGAUUCGGUGUUUCAUGUCACUCCACUGGGACCCAGCUGCUGUGAGAUUGAAUAUACACCAGCUCACAACAUCGAUGAUGACAGCGGUGACCACCAUGAGGACAACAUCGCUUCACAAAUCGAACCAAGGAAGAAGAGAACAAAGAAGAAUCCUCAGAGAGAAGAAGAAGAAGAUUAUUCAUCAGACCAUUCUUGUUUUGUAGCAACUGUCUCUGUCUCAGGCAUCCGCGACGAUAGACUGUAUCUUCCAGCUGGUUUUGUGAGGUCAAACGGCCUGAGCAAUACAAACUGUAAGAUUGUUCUUCUUAACUUAACGGGAAGACAAUGGAACUUGAGUUUGAUCCACCACAAAAGCGGCAUGAGGUCUCUUCUCACACAUGGCUGGAGAAGUUUCUGCAGGGACAAUGGGAUGAUGACCAGAGGUCGUUACACAUUCAAACUGGUCCGAAAUUCAGGAACACCUGUAAUCCGUUUGUGCCAAGCAGAUUAUAAUCCAUGCAAACCAGAUACUUCUUGUUUCGUUGGAUCUCUCACGCCUUCAAGCAUACGUGAUGAUGCACUGCAUCUUCCAAAGUGGUAUGUGAGGUCAAAUGGUCUGAAGGAAAAAAUGAAUGAGGUGGUUCUGAUGAAUGAAAAUGGUGAAAGAUGGGAUUUAGUUAUGAGGCACAACACACGAUCUAGUAUUAUCACACGAGGCUGGAACAGUUUCUGCCAAGCAAACGAGAUCAAAGGUGGAGACAGCUUCAAGUUUAAACUAGUUGGAGAUGGAGAGAAGCUUGUUCUCUGUUUGUGCUCUGAAGAAUCCAAACGUGACGCAAAGGAAGUAGAGUGUUCAGAAGGUAACGAGGUAACUUCCAUCUCCACAGAUGAUGAUAGCAGCGGAGAAGAGAGUAGUGAAACAGAGGAGGAGUGUGAAGAGAAGAGCAGAGACGAGAUCAGUGUAGAGGAGGAAAGCGAAGAGGAGAGCAUCGAGGACAAAUGUUUGAAUGUAGAGAAAUGUAAGUGUUGCUUGAGAGGGGAAGCUAAAAACCGGUUUGUGACAUUAACAAUUACACCGUACUGUGUCAAAAGCAAUAAAAUGAGGCUUCCAUUAGGUUUUACAGAGGGGAAUGGGAUCACGAAGCCAGGGGUGAUAGCUUUGUUGGGUCAAGACGGAGCAAAAUGGAUGGUGAAGUAUGCGAGAGAGAAUAGACGAGGAAGAAUGAGACUAGGAGGUGAGUGGAAAGGAUUCUGUAAAGCUCAUGGCGUAAAGUUAGAAGAGUCCUUUGUGUUGGAACUCAUUCGGGAGAAACAUGCAACUCCUGUGCUUAAGUUCCACAAGAAAGCCUAG